UACUGGUUGUUUAAGGAAGCAGCUUUCAGUCUCCCACUCCGAGCCAAGACGAAAAGUCAACAUGUCAGGUGACAUUGCAGGAAGUGUGUCCACAGCCACAGACAGUGUGGCAUCUAUAGAGAAUUUAACAGAGACUGAUGGUUUCUUCAGCAGCCCCGUCGUUUUGGAUCCUGCGGAGGAAUACAAGAUGACCAGGAAGCGGCGAGGCCUUGCUCUCAUCUUCAACCAGGAGAGUUUCUUCUGGCACCUGCGCCUGAACCCCAGAAACGGGACGAACGCCGACCGCCAGAACCUGGAGAGGAGGCUGCUGGAGCUGAACUUUGAUGUCAGGAGUUAUGAUAACUACACACAGGUGAACGUCCUGGAAAAAAUCCAUGAAGCUGCCAAAGACGAUCACUCAGACGCCGACUGCUUCCUGCUCGCCUUCCUUAGCCACGGCGAGGACGAUCACGUCUACGCAUACGAUGGCAAGAUCAGCCUCAAGACCAUCACCGACAUGUUCAGAGGAGACAAGUGCCAGAGCCUCGUCGGAAAACCCAAGAUCUUUGUUGUGCAGGCGUGCCGUGGGGAGCAGCACGAAAUUGGUGUGACGCCCUGCGACGUCGUGGACAGCGACAUGGAGAUAAAUGAGACGGUGGUGGACGCCUGCGCCGUCCAAACCCUCCCUGCCGGCGCCGAUUUCAUCAUGUGUUACUCUGUUGCUGAAGGUUACUACUCCCACAGAGAGGUCAUCAACGGCUCCUGGUACAUCCAGGAUCUGUGUGAGUUACUCCGGAAGUACGGCGGCUCGCUGGAGUUCACGGAGCUGCUCACACUGGUCAACAGAAAGGUCUCGAUGCGCCGAGUCGAUAACGCCAGAGACCGCAGCGCAAUUGGCAAGAAACAGGUACCGUGCUUCGCUUCGAUGCUCACCAAGAAGCUCUACUUCCGGCCGAAGAAGUGAUCAACGGUUCGAUUGGUUGGUUCAAAUCUGAGCCUUCGCGUGUCAGCUGGUACGGCUGAUCCACUCCACAAAGAUGAGAAAAAUAUAUAGUUGUUUUGUUUCUUUUUAUAUGUUGACAACAUUCCUGGACGAUCAUUUGCACAGAGACGCCUUCUGCUCUUAAAUCUCUCUAUCUGAUAAAGUUGAAACAAUCAGGAAGUUUUAAUCUUAGUCUUUAAAUUCUUUUGUAAUUGAUCUCGUUUGGUGAGUAGCAGCAUAACUUUCAGAAAUGAUUCAGGGGUUUUCUAAUCUCAGGUAUCUCCUCAGAGGCUCCAUUGAUCCAGGCUGUUUUCUGGACCCAUCGUGCAAAAUUCACUUUUUGUACAUUUAUAUGCUUCCAUUUGGUUUCUAGUCAGUUUUGGCAAUAAGUUGAUGUUUUUGUGAAUGUAACAUCUCACAUUAACAGGCACUGCCUGUUACCUAGCAACCUCAGGAGAGCUCCAGUAUGCGCUGUACAAUGGCUGCUGGAAAAGACAAGAGUUGUGUUUUGAUUUUUUGACAUAAAUAAAAAACCAAAUGGUUUCUUGAUGUUGACUUAACAUCUAGAAACCACUUGGUGGCUUGUUGUUGGUUGUGCAUCCGGCUCUACUUCUACUUUUCAAAGGUGUGCAGUUGUAUAAUUUUUCAUCUGUUUGCAGCCAUUUUCUCAUGUGAAUGUAAACAUUGAGCUGGGGGGGCGUGGCCAGCAGCAGCUUGUUUGGAUUUAUAGUAAUGACCCCCUAAAACAGCCCAAACAAAACACAAUUUCAUUAUCUAAGAAUGAUUUUGUGCAAAAAAUGUAAUGAACAUGUUUUGUAUAGGCCAUCAGCCUCCUCUAACGUGUUCAGGGAAACAUAAUAGGACAUCUUUAAAGUUCACUCCUGAAAGACAAUAAAGGGAAUCUAUGUUGUUUUGUUGUCUUAUCCAGUUCUUGGUUCGUCUCUCAAUGCAGAUUUGUAUUCCAACUGUCAACUAACGCUAACAUGAAAACCUGAAAGUGUUUCUGUCUCUUAAAGCUCUACAAGGCAAUUAAAUCACUUUGAACUGUCUUAACAAUCGUUUAUGUUUAUGAGCUGUGAAAAAAUAAAAACUUU